UCAGGCAGCAGAAUUUUCAGAUCAGACGGGGUGUGAUCAAGAUCAAGAUGAAAAAGCACCUCGACAAGAGGAGGCAAAACAGUGAGUCGCUGGAUCUGGAGGACUUAAAGAUUCCCGAGUUUGUGUGGACGGGAGAUGGGAGGGGGCAUUCGGCUUCAGAUGGCUUCCGCAUUCCAAAGUGUCCGGUGCUCGUCUUUAUCAACACCAAAAGUGGUGGGCAGCUUGGCAAAGUUCUCCUCCAGACUUGCAAGAUGCUCCUGGAUUCACGCCAGUUGUUUGAUCUGAGCGAGGAAGCUCCGGACAGGGUUCUAGAUCGGAUACUCAAGCGCUUGAAAGAUUUAACAGAGGCAGGAGAUGAAGUUGCCGGAGAAAUUCGCGAGCGGUUGCGGCUUGUGGUUGCUGGAGGCGAUGGUACCGCCGGCUGGUUACUUGGAAUUAUGGGAGACUUGAGGCUCGAGAAGCCAAUUCCUAUUGCAACUAUUCCUCUUGGAACCGGCAACAAUCUCCCGUUUUCUUUCGGAUGGGGAAAGAAGAAUCCUGGAACAGAUGCCGAGUCUGUCAAACGGUUUCUAGCAGAUGUCAUGGACGCCCAUCCUUUGCAAGUCGACAGCUGGCAUCUAGCGAUGAAAAUGGAGGGAACAACUGAUCUUGGUCUCGAGGCUCCACAUUCGUUACACGUCUUCAAGAAAAGUGAAGAGAGCCGCGAAAAGCUACAGAUCUAUCGAGGAGGAUUCUGGAAUUAUUUCAGCAUAGGAAUGGAUGCACAGGUUUCUUACGAAUUUCAUGAGCAGAGGCAGAAGCACCCUGAAAAGUUCAGUAACCAGAUGCGAAAUCAAUGCACGUAUGCAAAACUUGGCUGUACACAAGGCUGGUUCUGCCCUUCUUGUAGGCGCCAUGCUUCAUCAAAGAACAUUAACGACCUUGCAACUGUAUACGUGCUCGAUAAAGGAAAGUGGACGGAGUUAAAGAUCUCCUCAAGCAUACGAGCGCUUGUGCUGCUGAACUUGCCGAGCUUUUCUGGAGGCUUGGAUCCCUGGGGAAAUCCGAACGACAAGUUAUCCCACGAGCGGGGUCUGACAGUUCCAAGGGUCGACGAUGGCCUGCUAGAGAUUGUGGGAUUCAGGGACGCCUGGCAUGGCCUGUUCCUUCUGUUUCCACACGGGCACGGGACACGUCUCGCACAGGCCAACCGGGUGAAGAUAGUCUUUCAAGCUGGCUCCACGAGCAGCCACACUUACAUGCGAAUGGAUGGCGAGCCGUGGAAACAACCCCUGCCAGAAUCCCACCACGGAAACCCCACGGAGAUUGAAAUCUCGCACCACGGCCAGGCCGUGAUGCUGGCAAAGGAAGGCUGCAUUGCCGAGGCCAAGGACGAGUACCAGCACGUAAUCUCCUUCACCAGGCAUGGGAUGGAGCACGGCCUUCGUCACAAGCCGGUGGCUCCUCAAGACGACAGUAGCGGUUCCGAUGAUGACGAGACGAAGCGAAAGUUUGGAGCAGCCUCCACAUUCCGGGCCUAGGCAAGGCAAGCGGCAGCAGCCUGUGAUGAUCCAAGCGGCUGCCACUCGGAGCCAUGUCCGUGUCCGGUGAUACCUUUGUAAGUAUUGGACAGCAGCACAUAAGUCGAGGAGCUCACCGUGUCCGACUUGAGAA